GCCAGCAACGGUUCCGCGGCAGAUUCGGAUCGGAUGAGGCGCGCAGCCCUUUGGGACCCUGUCCAGGAGAGCAGCUGCCGCGUGCGCUUUGAGAUCCAUGCUCAGAAAUCAACCAUCCAGACAUCUGCAGAGCGCCCGAGACGGGACAAUGGAGGCUGCCAGCCUGCCAAAUGAAGGCCAGUUUGCCCCAGGCUCCUUCCUGGAGAAGCUGAACUCCCUGGUGAAAGGAAUCGGCUGCCCCAGUCCCGAUGUGGGGAGGGCCCCGCGCAAAGCCUUUGACAAGAGAUGGGCGAGUCUACCACAUCCAGCCCCUCCCCCUGCCGAGGUGCCGGUGACCAGAUCCCCUCCAUCAUCUUGCUCUAACGGACUCCCUGCUGUUGUACCGCUGCCUGUGAGCGCUCGGCGAGAGCCUGUCACCAAACCGAUCGCUGAGGCUAGCGUCUCGUCCACGCGGGGAAGCAGGACAGCCGCCUGCCCCCCGCUUGCUCCUGCAGCUCCGCGCCAGGCCUCCAGCGUGGCCCAGGAACCAUCUCCCCAGGCAGCUCUGGAGCUCCAGGGCGGCACCAGCAGCCUCGACGAGCAGGCCCAGCAGCUGGAUGCGGAAAUCAACGAGCUGAUCCAGCAGUGGGAGCUCAGGCCUGAGGAUGAGGAGUGGGAGGACACGGCCUCUUCCAUGCGGCUGAAGAGUAAAUGGUGCCGGGGUGACCCCAUGGACCUGGACUACGAGUUCAUCCGGGAGGACCCUGCCUAUGACGCAGACAGGGUGGAGAGCGAGGCUCGGGAAGCAGGUGAUGCGGGAGAGGGUGUCACUGGGGUGACCUGA